UGGGGUAGAGGAGCUAAGCACUGUGGGUGGACCAAGCCCUCCUGUCAACUCUGGCAGAAGAGUGGGGGUCAUUCAGUCGGAGAGCAUUGGAACUUCAUUAGUCUGGACCACUAGACAUGGCUCUGCUGAGAGACGUAGGACUAGAGCUGUAGGAUACUGGGAAAGGACUUUAACCAAUAGAGGGACAUAAUACAGACCAUCUUUUCCAGAUUGAACCUUAGCCAAAGGGAGGCAGGGCAAUGGACUUCUCUGUAACAGCUACACCAGCCAGCCGCAGAGGGGUACGUUGCAGAUCCUUGGAUGAACUGAGUCUUUACCGAGAAUUAGUUGGCUACCCAGUGAUCCCUCGGGGACAAUAUAUAGCAGAAGACUUGAGGAAACAAAAUUAUGCCCUGCCAUCUAGCACAGUGUAUUCACCACCCACUGAGGGUCAUCUCAUUGAAGUUGAUUUGGAAAAAAGAGGGACAGGGAGCUUGGGGUUUGCCCUAACAGGUGGCAGAAAUGGCCACUCAUUUCUGAUCAAAGCAAUUUCCCCUGGUAGCAUUGCUGACCUUGAUGGAAGACUUCGGACUGGUGACAUUUUACUGAAGGUGAAUGACAAAUCAGUAUUGGGUCAAACACACAGGGCAGUUAUUGACCUCAUCCGUCAGACUCAGGGAACUGUCAGGCUGACUGUCUCUCGAAGCACUGAAGUGAAUUCAUCUCAUUCAAGCCAUGGAUACAACACGAUGUUUUCACGCAGGAAAGAUGCAACGUUGCCCGGAAAAGCUCUUGCAGUAGGUGCCACUGUUUCCAGAGGCCGGAAAGCCUGGGAAGCUCUGCCUUCUCCAAGUCAAGACAAGACAGCCAGCCCAAUGGGCAAUCAGGUCUUUAAAACUAAAGUUAACUCACGGAAGGUGGAAUUGUGUCUACAGAGUUUCUCACUUAGGAAAGAUUAUGAGGAUCUUCUUGAACAAAGUACCCCUAGGACUGGUUCUAGUGUUUGGAGGAACUCAGCAAGCUAUAGCUCUGAGGCCUGGAACAAUGAAGAUGGGCCGUGUGCUGGAUCAUCCCAUGAUCCAGGUUUGAAUAUUGUUUCUGAGGAAGAACUAACGGAAGUAUCUGAGAUUAGGCCAGUUCUACAGAGUUGUCACUUGAUGGCGACCCUCAAACAUCUGAUUGAAGCCAUUGAAAAGCAGAUAGAAGGAAAUGAACCGUUCAUGGAAUUUUUGGCUCUAGAACACAUACAGCCACUUGAUGCCUGCAUCUUGGGAAAUGCUCCACAAAACAGAGAUAAAAACAGAUACCGAGAUAUUGUUCCAUAUGAUGGUACACGAGUUCCACUUGGAGAAAGGCAGGGUUAUAUCAAUGCAAGCUUUAUCCGAAUAUUGAAUUCAGGAGAAGAAUACUUUUACAUAGCAACCCAAGGACCUCUUCCAGAAACCACAGAAGACUUUUGGCAAAUGGUUUGGGAAAAUAAGUCUAACGUCAUUGCCAUGAUGACCAAAGAAAUAGAGGAUGGAUUCAUCAAAUGCCAUCGUUAUUGGCCCAUUUCUCUGAAUAAUCCUUUGGAGCUUCAAGACUAUGUUAUUGCCUUGGAGAAUUGCCAGAUACUGGAAGCUUUUACAAUUAGAGUAUUUAAAAUGGUUAAAAAGACAGGAUCUGUUCACUUUGUGCAUCAGAUACAAUUCAUUAACUGGCCAGACCAUGGUAUUCCCACAUCGUUUGAGGCUUUGGUGAGGUAUGUCCGCUACAUGAGAAAGAUCCAUGAGACAGGACCCAUCAUUGCACACUGCAGUGCAGGAAUAGGGAGGACUGGGGUCCUCUUGUGUGUGGAUGUUGUACUCCGUGCCCUAGAAAAAGACUUUCAGUUUAAUAUCAAGAAUAUUGUGACCCAAAUGAGAGAGCAGCGUUUUGGUAUGAUUCAGACCAAGGAGCAGUAUCACUUUUGUUAUGAAAUCGUGGUUUAUGUUCUACGGAAAAUUCUAACCUCUUCAUUCAAUUCUAUCGAAUAAGAGCGGUGGUUCUUGCAUUGCAUCAGAAAGUGACCAAGUGGCUUAGUAUCUGUUUCCUCCUCCAUGGACAUUUGCUAGCCUGUGGACACAAUAACAUAGUUUUGUUAAUAUUCAAAUACCUUGGUAUCUGAAGAUUCUCUGAAGAUAGUAUUAUACAGAUUGAGGAUGAAAUAAUGAUUAUAAAGAAUCAUAUUGCCUCAUAGUGGUUCUUUUCAAUAUUAUCACAAUGCUACCCCUAUCUCAAUGGGACAAUCAUUUCAGAAAGUAACUGUGUAUUGGCUAUUCAGGCAAGAGGAUGACUGGGAACAAUAACGGGUCUUAAACAGUUAGGAUAAUAUUCAGGAAGGGCAGGAAAAAGUCACUGGAUUUCUAGAAUUUUAUCAAACACUUAUUUGGAGGUGGGACAGAGAAUUUAAGGUUACAAAACUGCAGGAUAACAACAAUUAUCCCUUGCAGGUGCUUCAAAAAGAAUCUUGCUUCUACCUUUUGGCUAAAGAGCUGGUAUUUCCAGCUGGUUCUUUGAAUAACCUAGUUUAUGGAAGACCCGAGUAGAAUGGAUUUAAUAUAUGUAAGCAAUAUGGACUCCACUUGUAGUUUUCUUCUGCCUGGGAGCUUGCUCAGAUUUCAUGGGGAAGAUGGUAUCUUUGAGGCAAUUGCAUAUAUGUACAGAACAAGAGGAUGUAGGGAAAAUGCAGGGGAUGGUCAGACUUUUCUUCUUCCACAUGAGUAAAUGAUAGUAAAUAAUCUAAGAUGGAAAUGAGUAUUUCUGUGUAAGAGCCAAGAAAUAACUACUGCCCAACUUGAGUUCUUUCCCAUUUUACCCUAACACUUUACAGUAUUGCUCAGCCGGUUGUGUUGGUAUCAAACAGAAUUUUUAUUUUUGGUUUAUUAUUCCUUGCCCUUUUGCUGACUGAUAACUUUUGAUUUUAAAAUGUCAUUCCACAAUUCUGAAUUAUCCACAAGAUCCUUUAAGCUGUAAAUUUUGUUUUUCUGUCUGGGAUUUGUGAUAUUUUAUUUUUCUUUUUUUCCCCCUCCCCUAAAAAACUUAGAAAUUUCAAUUGGUUUUUCUGAUUUUCAGGAAAAAAGUGAUUUUGGAUUUCUGAAAAGACUUAAAUAAAUUUGUUUUUGAAAGCUCUAACUACUAUUACAUUCAGCUUAGAUAGGAAUUUGUGAAUUGAUUAAAAAAAGUAAUAACAGUGAUAUUAUGUAAGGGAGUUUCUGUACUGUACACUAUCAUCAAUUAAAAGGAGUUGAUAAACUUCUGUACAUUCAAGUGGUAUUGAUUAGUGAUCAAGGUGACUUAUGCAACAUACUGGGGAAAUGCCUGAAGUCACAGUUAUAGAUCCUGGAUUCUUAAAAGAGGCUUAAUUACUUUCUUUAACUGAAUGUAUACUUGAAUUUGCUGAGAGAAAUAGAUGGUUUUUAGAUUCAUCCCUCCUGCCCCACCCCUCACUGAGUAGUAUCUACCAUGUGUGUAUAUAUGUACUUUACAAUUUUAUGUUAAAUUGAUAAUUUUAUUUCUAUUAUUCUAUUAAGCAGUAGUCAGAAGUUUUUGCCCUUAGAUAUUUAGUCACUCUAUUUGAUUGCCCUCUCCAUUUCUCAUAAAAACAACUGUGUUAUAUGUACUGUACAACCUACUUUUGUAUAGGAUUAUUCAAAUGGACUAUGUAUUGUACAAAAGUUUUUUUUUUUUUUUUAUUUAGUUGGGCGCAAGAUUUUUCUUGUGAAGCCAACUUCUGCGAUCGAUUCUGGUGUUCUUUUUGGCAUAUUCAUUCCUUCGUUUCUGUGUACUAUUUUUACAGCUGGACCAAUUUUCAAUUUUCCAGGGAAAUUAAAGUAUCAAAUUUGGAAAUAUCGACUACAUUCAUUUUCAUUUUGCUUUCAGGAAAGGAAUUCUAAAUGCAAAAAGGUUUUACUAAUUGAAAUAUUCUUUAACAAAUGUGACUCAAAUUCUGCCCUAAGUUAACACCUAUGGGAGUAUCUCAUGUCUUCUUUGGAUACACUUGUUUUAGACCUGUAUUUAACUGUAAUUAAAUAUUUUUAAACAA